AUGGACCAAUUAAAUGUCAAGGAACAACAAGAGUUCCAACAAAUUGUUGAACAAAAGCAAAUGAAGGAUUUCAUGAGAUUAUACUCAAACUUAGUCUCCAAAUGUUUCGAUGACUGUGUCAACGACUUUACAUCUAACAACUUGACCACCAAGGAAACUGGAUGUAUUACCAAAUGUUCAGAAAAGUUCUUGAAGCACAGUGAAAGAGUUGGUCAAAGAUUCCAAGAACAAAAGUAA